AUGAUUUGCAUCAAAUGCGGGAGGUGCAACUCCAGUCUGUACACUGUGUACAAUAAGACGAACAUAAAGUUGAACGAAUGUAACCGGUGCAGAAACAUAUGUGAUGAAUACAUGGAGAAAAACACGUUCCUAAUUUUUAUAAAUAUUUUAUUCCUCAAGCCCCAAGUGUAUAGACACAUCAUAUUUAAUCGACUCAAGUAUCAUGACAAAUUUAUUCACGUUUUUUUCCUCAAAAUGAUAAUUUUGUUUUUAAUAAUAAAUGCCUACUUACACCCGAACUUUGAAAAUGACCAUAAGGAAGGAGGAACCUUCUCCGAUUUCUUUCUUAAGAAUAGUACCUUCGGGGACAGCACGCAAAGGAAUUAUCCUAAUCAGUACAACUGCUCCUCCUACACUCUUUUUAUGUACAAAUAUGAUGAUAAGCACAAGCUGUAUGGGCUGUAUAACAUUUUUAAUCAAUCGAACGUUCCCAAUUUAGUGAAUAUACACAAGAACAAGUUCCUGACUUGCAUUUUCCACAACCGAUUUAGGGACCACAAUAUGUGUAUCCUCAACCGGAAGUACGAACAUACGGAGGAUUAUGACAAGCACCUGAUUGAUUUAUUUCUUCACAACAAGGAGAAUUAUAGGAGGGAGCACGUGCAGCAGAGUACUUGGAAUGCGCAACUUGGUAUGGGGGAUACACUUCUGCAUGGGAAGUCCACCUCGGACACCCUCAACUGGACAAAACUACACCCAUUUCGUGACGCCACAACAUGGCUAUCGCAGCUCAUACAGGGGAGCGUAAAGUACAAAUCCAUUUUCAAACUAAAAAAAAAUCAUCAACUGUUGAGGAACGACAUUGUUACUCUGAAAAACGCGGAAGAACGCAACAGCCUCUUCCAAAUUAUAAACGUCCUCGUCUAUUACCACAUUGAUGAAUACAAAUUAGUUCUGGAGACGAGAGAGAAGGAAGCGUACAAUAUUCAUUACCUUUUCAAAAUUUUGCGCAGCAUAUUUUUUUACCAAAAAGGGAGUGAAACGAAGAAUUACUUCAAAAGUGAGACAAACUCAUUUGUAAAGAAACCCUCCACAAGGGAUGUUUGUCCAGACACGACAAAAGAAUUUUUUUUUUCACAAAAUCAUUGCUACGAUUGUGACCUUCAUGGUGAUAGGUAUGAAUAUGUGCACAGAUCGGGAGACGAACUUAACAGCUUGUGCAGAAAUAUUUUCAAAAAUAUCGAUUUUACUUUUCACAAAAAUGUGGACGAAAUAACAAAAAAGCAAAAUCAAAAGAAACAUAAAUUUAAAAUUAAACAAAUCAGCAUGUACUCCAAACUUUUAUUUUCCGAUUUGGACAAUGAAAAAUAUAUUUUGAAAAUAUGUAACUCUUCGUUUUCCUUUAAAAAAUUAAAAUCAAUGACCAUUAAUUAUAUGGUCUAUUUUCUUUUUUUGUGCAUUUUUACAUAUAUUCUCAAGCUAUAUCAGGAAAAAAAAUAUAAAAUUAAAAUAACCAUGGUAAAGUACAACUACCUCUUUAUGCUGUUUGUCCUCAGCAACUACCCCCUCGUCAUUUACUUCAUCCUCAAGGUAUUCAAUUAUAAUUAUAUUAAUAUAUACCUACAUGUAUACACCAUUAUAUGUAACACAAUCGCUUAUCAUAUAUUCAUUUCCAAUGACGGAAAUUAUAUUUGCUACUCCAUAUUUUCUGUGCUGGCCAGUUACCUGCUCAAGAAUUUCCUCAUGAUUAAAAUAGGGCAUUACAUUUAG